AUGCCAGCUUCACCUGAGCUUGUAACGGGCACCCCAGAGCCCGAGGUGCCUAGGAAGUUUACUUUGGAGGCUGCUGUUAUUGCUGUGGUUGUGGUUUAUUUUGUGUUUGUGUUGGCAGUCGGAAUAUGGGUAAGUGAAAAGCCGACAGUGGGUGGAUACUUCUUGGCUGGACGAUCCAUGACCUGUUGGCCAAUUGGAGCCUCUUUGAUGUCAAGUAACGUAGGCAGUGGUCUGUUCAUUGGAUUAGCAGGAACAGGAGCCGCAGGGGGACUCGCAGUCGGGGGAUUUGAGUGGAAUGCAGCAUGGGUCCUCAUUGCCUUGGAUUGGAUCUUUGUGCCCAUGUAUAUUUCUGCUGGAGAGGUCACAGUGCCAGAGUAUCUGAGGAAGAGGUGCGGGGGUCAGCGCAUCCAAAUCUACAUGAGUGUGCUCUCUCUCAUCCUCUACAUUUUCACCAAGAUAUCAACAGACAUUUUUUCAGGGGUUUUAUUCAUCCAGGUGUCUCUGGGAUGGGACAUGUAUGUCUCCACUGUUGUGCUGCUAGUCGUCACUGCACUCUAUACUAUAGCUGGUGGCCUGACAGCAGUUAUCUACACUGAUGCCUUACAGACCGUCAUCAUGGUAAUAGGAGCAUUUGUCCUCAUGUUCAUAGUAUUCGACAAAGUUGGCUGGUAUGACGGUUUGCUGGUUCAGUAUGAGAGAGCUGUACCUGCUAUCACAGUUCCCAACACCACUUGUCAUCUUCCUCGGUCCGAUGCCUUUCAUAUCUUCAGAGAUCCAGUGACAGGAGAUCUUCCUUGGCCAGGCCUAAUUUUUGGACUCACUGUUCUGGCCACAUGGGUGUGGUGCACAGACCAGGUGAUAGUGCAAAGGUCUCUCUCUGCCAAAAACUUGUCCCAUGCCAAAGGCGGUUCGGUCAAGUGGAGAUUACAGAGCAACAAUGAUGUUCCUCUUGCUCUUGAUUUGCUAAUGCAUUCUUUCUUUCCUUGUAAUUGUGUUGUAGGUUUGAGAGGUCUGAUGAUCGCUGUAAUGAUGGCAGCGCUCAUGUCCUCUCUCACCUCUAUAUCCAACAGUAGCAGCACUCUGUUCACCAUGGACAUAUGGCAACGUAUUCGGCCCCGGGCCACUGAGAGAGAGCUCAUGGUAGUGGGCAGGGUGUUCAUUUUAUUGCUAGUGGCCUUGAGCAUUGUGUGGAUUCCAGUCAUUCAAACAGCUAAUAGUGGACAACUCUUUGACUACAUUCAGUCAAUCACUAGCUACCUGGCACCUCCCAUCACCACAGUGUUCAUUAUGGCAAUCUUAUGGGGGCGAGUAAAUGAACAGGGUGCUUUUUGGGGUCUGAUGGUGGGACUAGUGGUGGGCACUGUGAGGAUGGUAAUGGAAUUUGUGUACAGCACCCCAUCAUGCGGAGAAAAAGACCUGCGUCCUGCCCUGCUGAACGAUGUGCACUACCUGUAUUUUGCUCUCAUCCUGCUUGCACUGACAGCUCUGAUCAUCACAGCUGUCAGCCUCUGCACUGCACCUAUUCCAGAGCAACAUCUCGUUCGUUUGACCUGGUGGACAAGACACAGUAAGAAGGAGCGUGUAGAGCUGGAAGACCCCUGGGCUAGAGGGUCCCAACUAGCAGGCUCUGCUCCGAGCACUACAGAGUCAGAGGGGUCAGAUGAGGAUACGCCUGCAUGGUGGAAGCAUGCUGGAAUGUGGCUGUGUGGUCUCUCCCAUGUGGCUAAACAAGAGAUGAGUGAGGAGGAACAGAAGGCUCUGGAAAGGAAACUCGCCAGUAUUGAAGAAGACUGGCUGCAAUGUUAA